AUGUUGAGAUCCGAGUCGGUGGAAAAAGUAUGGAUUGCUCCGGGCAAUGGAGCAGAUUUCGAAAUACCAGAUAUCGACAUAGCAAAUGCAGACGAAGUGGUUGAAUUCUGCCAACGAGAAAGCAUCUCACUGAUAGUAAUAGGACCUGAAGGACCGCUGGCAGACGGACUGGUUGACAGAAUUGACGGUCGAGUGCCUGUUUUCGGGCCAACACGUGCUGGAGCCCAAUUGGAGGGUCAGUACGGUUCGAGCAGUGCAAGAAUUCUGUUGGAAGAGCGGCUCCAUGGGUAUGAGGUCUCGGUCGCGCAUCACACACGAGGUUUACUUGAGAACGACAUGGGACCAAAUACUGGUGGAAUGGGCGUUGUCGCACCCGUGAGUGUUCCGAAGAUCGUGGACCGCGAAAUUGACCGUAUACUCGAGAAGACGGUGGCCUCGUUGCGAAAGGAAGGCAUCAUCUAUAAAGGGGUAAUUUACGCUGGUCUCAUGGUCACGACGAAUGGGCCGCAGCUUUUGGAGUACAACUGCCGUUUUGGAGAUCCUGAAACUGAGAUUAUCAUGAGAUUGCUCAAAUCUGAUCUUUACAAAAUCUGCCAUGGCAUCCAUCAGUGCAAAAUACUGAAAUCUGAUUGUACCAGUGGGGACACUCCAUCUGAAGCACGUUUCGAGGCGAUAUGCGCUAGCGACGCCAUCCACUUCGAAGGGAAGUUCUUCCGUAGGGAUAUAGGACUAGAUAGGCAGAGCUGUUUCAAGUCACUGACGUACGGUGACUCUGGAGUUGACAUCAGUGAGGGGAAUGCGUUUGUGAGUGAUAUCAAGGACUUGGUGAAAUCCACAUUGAAACAGGGUACGGAGCAGAUUGGUGGCUUUGGGGCUGUCGUUGAUGUUAAGAGAGCGGGCUAUCUCAAUGGUGCAGAGUUAGUGAUUGGAAUAGAUGGAGUUGGAACUAAAAUUGAGAUAGCUGAUGCUCUGAACGACUAUUCAAGUAUUGGCUACGACGUUGUUGGUAUGUGUGUCAAUGACGUUCUUUGUCACUGUGCUGCUCCGAUCGCAUUCGUGGACUACUACGUUACCGGGCGACUGAACAGAGAACAUGCCAGAGAGGUGGUUGCUUCCAUCACCAAUGCCUGCAUUGAAUCCGACUGCAGUUUAGUUGGUGAGUCUCACAAAAUAGUUAGUCUUCUAGCCAGACGGGUAAAGGCGAUCUAUGAGUACCUAGCGAAAGCUGUUAAAGAAGCGUUCAAACCCUUCUACAUGAAUAAGCUUCGGCAAAUUGGUCCAGUGGAACCAAGCAUGAUGCUACGUACCUUCAAUUGGUAUGUGCUCCAUAGCGAAAGAAUCGUGACUUUGCUUAGGCCUACAUAA